GGCUGCAUUCGUGGAGAGGAAUAAUAGCUGAUACCUGCCUAUUGUUCUUGUCUCUGAAUAGCGGCCCACGUCUAUCAAUUUUCCUGCCCCUAUCUGUGAUUGGAACCUUCCGCAGGGGAUUUCUUUCUGCAUCUUCUUUCACUCGCAGACAACGCGCUUGGCCGUAAUUACGACACAAACUCGCCUGCUCAUUGACUGCCCGCCCGACAGGUCCGCCUCCAAAUUUGCGCGGCGCAACUAUGGCAGACAACGCGGCCGAUGUGGCCGAGGACUACCGGCAGGCCCUGGAGGACCUCACCGUCAAUUCGCGGAUUGAAAUUGCUACGCUGACCAAUAUCGCCCGAGAGAACGCUAAUCACGGCUUCGCGAUUGCGGAGGUGCUGCAAAACCACAUCAAGAAGGUUCCGCCGUCGCGGACGUUACCGGCGCUCUACGUGCUCGAUUCUAUCGUCAAGAAUGUCCCAACGCCCUAUGCGCUGUACUUUGGCCCGAAGCUUUACUCGAUCUUUAUGGGCGCCUACACCAAAGUGGAUAAUGCCACACGGCGGAAGAUGGACGAGAUGCUGAAGACGUGGAAGGAGCCAGUGCCGGGUUCUAUUUCGACAAAGCCCGUCUUUCCGAUCGAACAGGUUCGUCCCAUCGAGAAUGCUUUGAUGGCUGCCCGGAGCGCCGCUUUUGCCGCCACGCAAAGCAGCUAUCAGGGGCAGCAGCAGCUCCUCCGUGGCCGACAACCUAUUCCCAGCCGGGAGACCCCGACACCGCCGACAGGAAGGCCAUACCAACCUCCCCCGCAUCAGCCUCCUUAUUCCGGCCCGAACGGGCAUCAGCCGGGUGCGGCGCCGCCUCAGCCGCCGUAUCCGGCCCAUCCUGUCAACGGCGCAUCACAUGCCAUUCCCCAUCGUGCAACACCACAGCCUGCUCCGCCGGCUGGGCCAUACCCUCCGUACCAGCAGCAGCCGGCUUUGGGGCAGGCCUAUGGCGCUCCACACCAGGGAAUAAGCAUAGACAAGCUGAAGGAUGAUAUCCAGCAACUGAUCGUUGUGGAGAAGGCGGAUUUUGCGCAGGACCCAUACAAUACUAGUAAACAGACCAGACUGAAGGCAUUGCUGGACUUGCAAACAAUAAUCCAGAGCCAAGACAUGCCUCAGGAGCAGUUGAUGAUCAUUAGAGAUCGAGUAGCUGAACUUGCUGUAAAAGCCCGCCCCCCACUGCAGCCGCAGCCGCAGCCGCAGCCGCAGGCCGGGCAGGUCAUCACUGCUGUCGCGGCGCCCAGCACCACUUACCCUGGUGUACCUUACUCUACCCCAACACCUCCGGUUGUGUCUCAACCGCCGACACCCGUGCCAGUAUCAGCCGCGGCGGUGGUCGCGGCCGCUCUGGGCCGUCCGCCAUCCAGCACCGCCACAGCAACACCUCCUCCGGCAGCAGGCAAGGGCGCCGUGUCGCUUGACACGAUCUUGGGACCGGGCGCGUUGGCCACGCUGCUAUCAACAGCUACGCGCAAGUCUGUCACGCCUCAGCAAACCCCGACUCCACAACCUCCGGCUGCUGUUCCGGCUGCUGUUCCGCGGUCACCGCCUCCGCAGACACCCGCCGAUCUGACCAAACCGGCCGGGGCUGCUCGUCCACUGCCCUCGGACCCUUCGGCGCUGCUGGCUCUGCUGAGACAGUCUGGUGUGAUCAAGUCUGGGCCAACACCGACGCCUCCACCGGCUGCGGCGCCUGCUAUGCCCACGCUGCCACUUCCGGGCGUGGCUGGGGGGUUCCAGUCGCUGGCCGGUGUACUGGCCGAGGGGAUCAUCCAGCUCAACCCAGCUUCUCUGAAGAUUUUCCGCCCGCACUUGAUUGCUCAACUCCACGAGGACCUCGGCCCGCCUUGCACCCAAUGCGGCAGGCGCUUCAAGACAGACGAGGAUGGCCGCCGCAAGAAGACGGCGCACAUGGACUGGCAUUUCCGCGUCCACCAGCGGAUGACGGACGCCGAGAAGCGCGGCCAGCACCGGAGCUGGUAUGUCGACGAGUCGGACUGGAUACGCUCCCGCGAAGCCAUCGACACAGACUACGUUGCGCCGCAGGAUCCAUCCGGCGCCGCCCUCUCGUCCUCUGACGAUCAUCACUCUACCACCCCCAGCCAUCAGUUCAGCACGGCCCCCAGCACGGCAACCAUCAACACAAAGCCCGCCGCAGCAACCGCAAAACUCCCGCACAUCCCCGUCCCGGAGGACUCGUCGCGCAUGAACAACGCCUGUCCCAUCUGCCGGGAGCGGUUCGUGAUGAAGUGGCUGGAUGAGGCGCAGGAGUGGGUGUGGACCGAUGCGGUGAAGGUUGGUGAACGCGUUUACCAUGCCAGUUGCCACGCCGAGGCCGCGGGUGCCAUGUCUGCUACCCAUCAAUAUCAGGGUGGGCAGCAAGGCGCAAAGAGGGGGGCGACACCAGAUAGUACUGGCGUGUUGGGCAAGAGGAAAGCUGAGGUAAGUAAUUCUGUUCUUUUUUUUCCCUUUUUUUUUCUCCCCUCUUCUUUCCCCUCCCACUUGAGUAUAAGCGAAAGGAACACUAGGAAGCUAAUCAGGGGACAGGAUGAGGUUGGUGGCUUGAAGGGGAAGAUCAAGACAGAGGGGUACUGAUAGACCAUUUUGCUUUUAUCCCCCCAGUUCAUGGGUUGACGAGGCUGUAAUAAGGGGGACAGGAAGGCGGAGGUGGUGGGUCUGCAUUAAUCGCCAACAUAUUCAUUUUUUGCGGCGCAAGAGGGAGGUUCAAGGUGAUGGAUGGGUUCGGCGGGUGCUUCUUG